UCAUUACCAUUAGAAAGAUGGUAGAUAUACAUCUGUACGACUCAACGAUCUGUCGUUUGUGUGCGGCGGAAAACGGCAACGAGCAUCUGUUUAUCAAUGAGACAGGCGAGUCGGAUCUGUGCUCGUUGGUGAAUCGUUACUUGCCGUUGAAGAUUUAUGACGAUGGAAAAUUACCACGUACAAUUUGUCCGGGUUGUAAUAUUCAACUGGAAGCAACUGUACAAUUCUUUGAAUUAUUGGUGGCUGGUCAGCGUAAAAUACGUGAACUAUGGAAAUAUCAAAUGGAGCAGCAGCGAAAAGCAGAACGUUUACGCAAUAGAAAGGAAAAUACAGAGUUUGAAGAAAUAGAAAUGAAUAGUACAGGUCAUAAUGAGAAUGACCAAUAUGAGCAGCAAGUAGUUAUUAAAAUUAUGCCAGAUGGAUCUAUGUACACAGCGGAACAUGAAAUGAGUUUGCAGAUGGAAGGUUUAACUAAACCAAGAAGAAAACGCGGACGUCCACCUAAAGUCCACAUGGAUGCAGAUUCAAUGGUAACAAAAGAGAAUCUUGGAGAAGAUGUAAGUCAAGGUGAAGAAGAACUGGAUGGUGAUGGUAGACGCAGAAGGAAGCGUAAAGUUCCUAAAAGAUUUUUAGAAGCAGUGCAGGGAAAAGAAUUGGAAAGGAUAUUCAAAGAAGAAGGUGUGAUUGAUGACGAAGAUGACGAUUCUGAAAUGUUUGACAAUCCAAAAGAUUUGUUAAAAUCUAAUCAUAAUGGUCAGGAAGGUAUACAUAAUGAAGAAGUAAUAGGUCAUCUUGAAACAGAAGAGGGUACAGACUUGGGUGAGGUAGUAAUUAUGAACCGUGGACGAAUACGCUCGAAAUCAAAACUGCGUCGUCGAAAAAAUAAAUUUACAUGUCAACUCUGUGGCAGGGGUUUCCUACAACGUAGCAGAUACAUAGUACAUAAGAGUUUCCACAAGGGUAUCAAAUAUGAGUGUGUACAAUGUAAGAAGCUAUUUGAUAGUAAAGAUAAUCUGACAUUACAUGAAAAGAUGACUCAACAUAAUUCAAAUUCUUUCGAAGAAAAUGUUGAAACACAGGAAUUGCAAGAGACGCACAGCACAGAACAGAAUACUUCCACGAUGGAAUUAGAAGUAGCAGAAAAUUCCAGAGAUGCGAUUUAUAUAUGCAAGAAAUGUGACAAGCAAUUUGGAGUUAAACAGGAGUAUGAAUUGCACAUGAGAGUCGAGCACGAGCAGCAAGAAUUCACCUGUAAUAUUUGUGAUAAGAACUUCACAAAUCAAUUGGAUUUAAAAACACAUUUAACAACUCACAAUGGGAAAAAUAGAUCGGAUAAAGAUUACGCUUGCGAUAUCUGCGGCAAGGUCUUAAACCAUCCAAGUUCCGUCUUAUAUCACAAGGAAGCAGAACACAAUAAUGGACGCCGUUUCGUCUGUAAUAAAUGCAACAAAAGUUUUAAGCACAAACAAUUGCUUCAACGACAUCAGUUGGUGCAUUCGGAUAAUCGGCCAUACGCUUGUAAGUUUUGUAACUCAAGCUUCAAGACGAAGGCAAACUUAAUCAAUCAUCAAUCUACUCACACGGGCCACAAAAAGUAUCUUUGUGAGAUUUGCAAACAACAAUUUGCGCACAAGACUAGUCUCACUUUGCAUUACAGAUGGCACAGUGGUCAAAAACCGUAUACUUGUACGGUGUGUCAGAAGAGUUUCUCGCAGAAUGGCAAUUUGCAGGAACAUAUGCGCAUUCACACCGGCGAAAAACCAUACUGCUGUGAUUUCUGUGGCCGGAAGUUUACUACGUCGUCACAAUUCAAAUUGCAUGUGAAACGGCACACCGGUGAACGGCCGUGGAAAUGCGAGUUCUGCUCGAAAAGUUUUUUACACAAAGAUACAUGGAAGUGUCACGUGCGCCGGCAUAAGGGAGAACGUCCGUUCCAGUGUAAUCAAUGCAACCGCCGGUUUACAGAGCAAUGGGCGCUGAAGAAACAUCUUCGCUUGCACACUGGUGAAAAGCCUUAUUCUUGCGAUGUAUGCGGUAAAGCUUUUGCCGACUGCUCAAAUUUGACAAAACACAAAAAGGUACACAGGGAGAAUAAGACAUUAACUAUGAAAAGAUCGGAAGGAUCUUCGAUCGGCCAGGUAUGGCAAAUUCUGCCGAAUUCACAAAACGAAAAGACAUUCACUAAUCAAAUAAUAGCCACUGACGAAACAUCUAAUGAUGGAGUCCAACAAAUUAUUUAUGUAUCUUAUCAUACACAGGAUUCUGAAGAUCUUGAUCAAUCACAAACAUUACAUUUAGUUGAUGCUAACAUGAUCAAAAAGAAAGAUGAAAUAGCAGUACAAGCGAAUUCUUUGCCACGUUUAGAAACUAAUGAAAUUGUUACCCAUAAAGUUAUAAAUAAUGCAACCAGCAAUAAUGAAGAACAGUCAGAGAUUGAAUUAUCGGAAUCGGAUUUACAGUUGCAGAUCACGGAUGAAUAUGGAAAUCCUAUUCCAUUGUCUAUUCAAGAGGCUCGACAACUUUUCUCACAGGGACAUUUUAUCAGCCAAUUGAACGAUAGUCAGAUCAUUAAAGUUCAUCCUGGAAUGUUCGCGCAACAACUCCAAGCCUUAAAUAUCCAUGUCGAUGAAGAUAUUGCAGAAGAAAGCGGAAUCACAAUGCGUUCGAACACGUCUAAGAACAUAGAGACAACAUCAGCAAUUCAAGAAGAUGCGGAAGCAAUCGUCCAGGCGCUUGAGGAUGAGGAUACCGAUGCUACGACCGUUGCGACGAUCAAUCAACUGGGGAAUAUUGAGCAAGCUGGCUUACCAGAUGGUGAACAAGCGAUCGAAUUCAUGACUCAGGAUGGACAGAAAGUUCGUGUCUUAACAUCGUAUCCUAUCGAUCCAAUUCAGCUAGCUUCAGAGUACCUGACUAUUGUGUAGUGAAAGAAAAAUUAAAUGUUCGUGAUCAAUCAGUCUCUCUUGUGAAUGUUUUGACU